AUGAGCGCCAUCCGCAGUAGCCACUCCAGCACAUCCCGCAGCAGCAGCAGCCGCCAUGGAACAAGUGGCAGUAGCUUCUGCGACUUGCUCCUGCUGUCCAUCAUGCGGCUGUACUACGGCCUGACAGGCUUUCUUACCUCCCAGCCCGCCGCCAACACCCAAGCCGUCGCCAACUUCCAUCGCUCCGCCGCCGUCACCGCCGGUGAUGAUGGCGGUAAAAGCGACGACAAGGGUCAACGGAGUGACAGCUCUACGGCCUUCACGGGAGCCGAGCCGAGCUGGCUCCCGGAUUGUACGACAACGGCGGCCGACGUCGGGAGCGACACUCCGCGUCCGCAUGCAGUCUCCUCGCAAUCGAGGCAAGAAGGCACUCACGACGACGACAGCUACCUGCCAUCGCUCGCAGACACCGUAGGCGCCAGGAAUGCAUUACAGCCGCGGGUGGGUGUAGAACCCGUAGGAAAAAUGGGCGCGGGGAAUACGGAGACAGGAAGCGGCAGAGGCAGGGCUGGCAACGGCGGCCUCCGCCAACAGCAGCGGUGGCGGCACAGCCGCCGUACACUUGCUGCGGCAGCAGCAAAUGUUAGCGACGGCGCUCGUGGGACCUCCAUUUUGGUGGCAGGCAACGGUACGGCUGAGGUAUACCUGGUGCUUGCCGGCACCGCAGCCGACCCCGCCGACAGGUACGGCAUCAACCUGUCAUACGAGUCACUUGCCGCGGCAGGGCUGCAAGCGGCGUUGCUAUCCGUGCUGCCGAGGACGCUGACGCUGCUCGACAGCAGCGGCGUCGUGACAGUUACCUGGAAUAAUGAGUCGGCGCAGCCCGUUUUGGACGGCGUCAACAGCUACUUUGAGCUUCACAUCCCGGCAACGAACCUGGACACCGAAGAGGGCUUUGGUUGCCUGGUGUAUAAUACGACGAGCAACUUGCUGCACACCGCAGCGGGCAACAUUACGAGCCUGCCAACGGCGGCAGGGGCAGUAGUGCCACCGCCGGCGUCGUACAACGCCACGACGCAGAUGCUGGUAUGCCGUCUAGUCAGCGCGGGGGGGAGUUACGUGGUCGCCCAGGAGCAGCAGCAGCAGCAGCAGCAGGCAGCACUGUCAAGCGGCGGAAAUGGCAACACGAGCAACAGCAACACCAUUAACACUGGCGGUGAGGGGGUCGGAAGUGGCGGAGGAGGAAGCAAAAGGCGAGAUGCGAGUCUGGCGGAACUGGUCACAGCGAGCGUGGUCGGGGCCGUCAUGGCAAUUCCAAUUUCUGCUUUGGUAGUAACGUUGUGGGUUUUGCGAUCAAGGAGGCGGCGGAAAGAGGCGGCUGAGGCUGAAGCUCUGGCUCUGGCUCGGGCAGCCGAGCGGCAACAGCACCACCAACACCACUAUAAGCAACAACAGCAGCAACUCCAGCAGCCGUCAACGCGCCAUAUGGCUUCGGUGCCGUACAUUGCCGUACAUCCUGUAAACUAG